AUGUCCACCCAGAUCCGUCCCGUCCCCUCAAACGAAGGCCCCUCCAAGACCAUCCCGAUACCCGCAAAUCAUCAACGGAAGCCACAUCCACGAUGGUGGCUUUCCGCUCAAGCAAAUGUCUGGCGAUUCCUCGGACAAGUCGGCCUCUACUUCCACAGUAUCCCAACCCCAUCACCGAAAGAGCCCUCCUUCCUCCGCAAGUUCCCCACCACCGUGGUAAGCGGGCAGGCCACCAUGCUCCAUCUUGCCUUUUACGUACCAGAUGGCUACCAGAGUCAAAUCCAACAAGGAAGGAAAUACCCAUUGGUGGUCAACAUGCAUGGCGGGGGUUUCACAUUGGGAACGGCAAAGGAUGACGGACGAUGGGCGACCAUGGUGGUAAAACAGGUGGAGGCCGUGUUCGUGAGCGUGGAAUACAGACUGGCGCCCGAAUAUCCUUUCCCAACAGCGGUGGAAGACGGUGUCGAAGCGCUGCUCCAUCUAGCAGCAAAUGCCGACGAACUCGGUCUCAACCCGCACAAGAUGGCUUUGACUGGCUUUUCAGCCGGAGGCAACAUGGCAUUCACGAUGCCUCUCCGCUUAAGAACGCAUAUUCAAUCCACUAGGAACGAGUAUCAGUCUAAACCCAUGGAAGCCUCACAAUCGAACGGGACGGACAGGACACUGUCGGGUCCACCGCUGCCCGAGAUAGUCUCUAUAAUAGCAUGGUACCCCAGCCUAGACAACCGACUCACCCGGGACGAACGACGAGCCUCAUGUGUCCGACCUGGGAAGACAUUGCCACCAAUCCUCACCUCCCUCUUUGACGAAUCCUACCUACCGGAACUCGAGAACAGAAUGUCCCCCUACGCUUCUCCGGCUGCAGCAACCGACGCGGACCUCACCGCUGCCAUUCCGGAAGGCGUAGCGAUGUAUUUGUGCGAAUGGGACAUGCUCUUACAGGAAGGCGAGGUAUUUGCCGAAAGGUUGAAAGGGCUGGGUAAAAGGGUUCACCUUGUGAUCAUCAAGGAAAAGCGACACGGAUUUGAUAAAAGUCCAUACCCCUUUAGUGUAGAUCCAGAGGCUACAUUGCAUUACACGGAGGCUUGUACCAUUCUUAAAGACGCGUUGUUCGACUCGUAG